GGCCCGCGCGGCGGCGGCGUGGUCGGCGCAGGCCGCCCAGGUCGCCUUGAUCUCCGCGUCGCACCGCCGGUAGCCCUGGUCGGGGCCGCGGCCGAUCAUCAUAGCUUCCGGCGCGAGGUGCUGCCCCACAUGUUAUUGCUUGCUAUAGCUCAUGCUUGGGGCCCCAAGCGGCUGCCCCAUGUUGUUGGCGCAUGCGCAAAAUGUAAACUGGUAGAAAUUAAUUCACCUUGUCCGGCACGGGUUUCUUUGUAA